AUGCCCUUUCCUCAAACCUACGAUGUGACCGUCAUCGGCGGUGGCCCCGUCGGCCUCCUCCUGGCCUACCAGCUCACCCGCUUCGGCCUUUCCGUCUGCCUCGUAGAAAAGCUUGAUAAGAGUACCCCAGAGGGCCGUUACGGCCGCGCUAUCACGCUCUUUCCGCGGACGUUGGAACUACUUGAUCAAUUGGACCUCGUUGGUCCGAUGCUUCAGCAGGGAUUCGCCUGCAGAGAAAGUGUCACGUAUAAAGACGGGAUGAGGCAAUACCCAGGGAAGGUAUGGACAUUCAUGGAGAAGAUCGACGGCACGGUGUAUGAUUUUGCCCUCGUACUGAGGCAAAUGUUCACGGAGGAGAUCUUGCGGGAGAGAUUGGAUCGCAAGAAGAUGGUCUAUCAUGAUUGUAUGGAAUGUGUGGGGUUUGAGGUCAGCCAGGACGGGAGCGAGUAUCCUGUGAGUGUGAAUUGUGUGGGUAAGGAGAGGGUGACUAUCAAGAGUAAAUAUCUCAUUGGCGCCGAUGGUGGUCGCAGUGUUAUCCGCAGACAUUCCAAUAUUCCCUUUGACGGGGAUUUGUCGGAAGACCAGUGGAUCCGGAUAGAUGGUAUCGUCGAGACGGACAUGCCGCUGAACCGGGCAUAUGGGGCCAUCGAAACAACGACACACGGAAAUGUACUCUGGGCUCCUCUCGACCAUGGCGCGACCCGCAUCGGUUAUGCAUAUACGCCUGAGAUAGCAGCCAUGUACCCGGACGGGGUGACGGAGGAGGUUGCCGUGAACCAAGCAAUCGCGUGUUUACAGCCAUUCAGUCUGAGGUUCAAAGAGGUACACUGGUGGACAUUAUACAAGAUAGGCCAGUGCAUGGCCCGCACUUUCGCAUCCUACGACAACCGUGUCUUCAUCUGCGGUGACGCAGCCCACACUCACAGCAGCGGUGCUGCUCAAGGCCUGAACACCGGCAUCCACGACGCGGUGAACCUCGCCUGGAAGUUGGCGCUGGAGAUCCACGGUCUAUCCCAUGUUGAGGUCCUCGACUCAUAUACAACUGAGCGCCAGUCCGCUGUGCAGCGACUAUUAGACUACGAUAGAGACAUCUCCCUUCUGAUGACGCACAAAUGGCCCGCUUGGUACACGGGUGACCGGCGCGCAGACCCGAACAUCCUUCUCGGGGAGAUCUUCGACCAGGCUGCGCCAUUCAACACCGGCCUGGGCAUUUCGUACGAGACCAACGUGAUCAAUCAGCCUUGGAGCUCUUCUGCGGAGGUAGAUGUGGGCGUAAAAUCGGGAACUCGAGCACCAGAUACCGAGUUAGCUACUCCAGGGACAUUUCAGCCCGCACGGCUGCACCAGGUCCUCCGGAAUAACUGCAAGUUCCAUGUAUUGGUAUUUUCUGGGUCUAAUGCCGAGACGUACCAGUCGAGAUUACUGCCUCUGCGAGGAUAUCUGGACCUGCACCCAGAUAUGGAAAACCACCCCGCCAUUGACUGGUUGACAGUGUGUGGUUCAGCGGGGUGCUCGCCGUGGGAGGUGAUGGGGAUGCGGGCAUUCGGGGACACAUACUUUGAUGCGAUGGGCAAAGCGCACCGGGUAUACGAAGUCAAUCGCCACAAGGGCGGAGUGGCCGUGAUCAGACCUGAUGGUUUAGUUGGAUUCACAUGCUCUCUCGACGGACAAACCCUCCGGGGGUACUUUUCCCGAAUCCUAAAGCUAGACCCAUAA